AUGGAUGCGUUGAUCGGGAAGUUGAAGGCAUUGUCUUUGACAAAAUUUGCAGCAGCAGCACACCGGAAAUUGGAGGCACAAGACGCCGAAACAGCUUCCUGCUUGUUGACAGAUUGGAACAAUGCUCGUGGGGCGGUGCAACUUCGCAUGCAACAAUCAUUUGGUUUUUGGAAGGAUGCGCCGUGGUCUAUUCUCCGAAUCGGCGAAUGCUUGGUGCGUGUAAAUGAUGAUGAUGCUUUGGCGCGUAGCAGAGCUGCAGCUCGUCAACUUUUGCAUGUGGCAACACAGAGAACCCCUUCAACACUGAUCGAAGCAAGGUUUGUCGCACCUGGUGGCAAACUUGAAAGUGAUUUGUUGGUAUUUUCACAGGGUGGCCCUUUGCGGUUGGCUUUGCGAAAGGAACUACUCUCUUAUGGGUCGGUGCUCCUAGUUCUGAAAACAUUGGAGGCAAAACAUUUCGCCAUUGGUAUUCGGGCUCGUGCUGGCAGAGCAGCGUCGGUGCAUGCUAUUUCAGCUGACAUGAGGCGGCAAGUCAACAGAGAUUUACUGAGUGACAAGUUUGACGAAUGUUUUCCACAACUUCUGGAUCAACUUGGAGAGCUUACCACGCUUCCAUGGCAGAACAAAGUGCAGCUUGGCGGGAUUGCAUUGCCAUUAGAUCAUUUGGUUCACGAAAAGUUCUUCCUGAAUCUGUACUUCAACUUGACGGAGGAACAGCUGUGGUUGAGCCGUUUCGCAUUGAAGACUGUCGACACGAAGCAAACGUUUUCGGAACAUAGUGUCGAACAAACCAUGGAAGCUUUGGAGAUGCAGUACGACUUACAAGUACUUCAGGCAAUUCGAGAAGUGGGUGAAGCGGCUGUUGACAACCAUUCACAUCUGAUUGCGGCAAGAUCACCGUUGAAGAGGCAUGCAUCAGAAUUUUGGUUUAUUUAG